AUGAUGCGGCGUCUUGGGUUUCGGGCGUUUCUGGCCAGUGCGGCAGUUCGCGCCCACUCCGACAACGGCUUUCCCUCCGCGGCGGCCGAGAUGAACCUCGAUACCGUCGUCAAGCUGGUGAAGGGGCGUAGCGCGUUCGAGGAGGCCGCCAUACGGAAUGCGGUGCAGCUCUUUACCCGCAGCCUCUCCGACAGCUCCUACGGCCGCUGCUACACGGAGGAGGAGGCGGCCAAGCACGUCAUGGGUUUUCUCUGCGCCAAGGCAAAGCACUCGAUGGGAGACCCAUUCGAGCACGCCCACGAAACAGGGGACUCGGCCUUUUACAUUUGCCAAAAUGACCACACAAGCCAACUCCGUGCAGUUCGGCGCCUCUCACGGUUUGUGAGCCGUGAAAAGGAGCCGAAGCAGUCCAUUUCUAUGCGUGGCUACACCACCGACGACGGCGCCACCUGCGUCUACACCGCCAAAUGGCAGCCCUUUGUGAAUCCGGACCCGGCACCGGAAGAGAGGAAUAUAAAACAGCUUGCAAGCCGCGCCUUCCUUGAGGAGCGUUCGCCAGAGCUGCAGAAGCGCUACGAGGAGCUGCUGGCCCGCUUCGAGGGUUCCGUUGGGCCUGUCUUUACGGUCCUUGAGGGGGAGGAGGACGAGUUGUGCUUCUCCAUGGCCAUUGCGGCCGACCGCAACUACUACCUGGCAUCCCUUAUGGCCAUCAUACAAGAAAUUCCAGGCGCGGUCGUGCGUCGCAGCUUUUCAGAGACUUUUUCGAGUGGUGUUCACAUCUACACGCUUUACGUCGCGGGUGCCUCUGCGGAGCAGCUGCGGGACCGUGCCUCGAUGGUGAAUCUGCUGCCGAAUCGCCCCCCUAACUCCAUCACCCGCCUGCACGAGGAUCUGGUGUUCAACGUGGAGCAGAGCGUCUUCACCGACGCCGCCAUUGUGUUUGCCUUUUACUUCACGCCAAACCCCACCUCGGACGACUACCGACACCUGCGCACGGUCCUCGCACGGGAGCCGACCGGCAUCAACCGCCUCAAUUCUCUGCGCAACUCCUUAACGCUGGAGAUGAUGUCGGAGCGUUACAUUGGCACCCUCAUCAGCAGGUACCCGGAGUACAUGAUCGAGAUCUACGAAGACUUUCGCCACGGCACCACACCCGAGUCACGCCAGGCGAUUGAGAAAAAAAUUGUUGAGCGCUUCAGAGAAGACCAGCUCUCAUCGCAUGACGUUGAAAUUUUCAAGUCCUUCUUGCGCUUCAAUGAGGUGAUUGUGAAGCACAACUUCUUUAAAAAGGAGAAGGUGGCACUUUGCUUCCGCCUUAACCCGUCAUUCCUCAGGGAGCUUGAGUAUCCACGUGUGCCGCACGGCGUUUUUCUCCUGGCAGGUGCACAAUGGCGUGGAUUUCAUGUGCGGUUUACCGACAUCGCCCGUGGUGGGGUGCGUAUGAUUUUGUCGAAGGAAAGUGCAUAUCGGCGGAACAAGCGGUCUGUGUUCCAGGAGAACUACAAUCUCGCUCACACGCAGCUCUUGAAGAACAAGGACAUUCCAGAGGGAGGAAGUAAAGGGACGAUUCUUGUCUCAAGCCGUUACCUGACCCGCUUUGACCACGCCCGCUGCCAGCGAGUUUUCCUGCAGUACACCGAUGCCCUGCUGGACACCAUUUUGCCAGACGAAUCCGGCAUUGUGGACAACUUGAAGCAGACAGAAAUUAUCUUUUUGGGCCCGGAUGAGAAUACAGCAGGGACGUUCCCCUCCGAUGGCGCCUUGCAUAGCAAGCAGCGUGGGUAUUCCGCCUGGAAGUCUUUCACCACGGGGAAGGACCCCUCCAUGGGUGGCAUUCCCCAUGACGUGUACGGCAUGACCACCCGCUCCGUGCGCACCUUCGUGCGUGGCAUCUACACCAAGCUUGGACUGAAGGAGGAGGAGAUGACAAAGUUCCAGACCGGUGGCCCCGACGGGGACCUUGGCUCUAACGAAAUCUUGCAAAGCCGGGAGAAGCUGGUGGCCAUUUCCGACAUCUCCGGCUCGCUGCAUGACCCUAACGGAAUUGAUCAUGAGGAAUUAAAGCGCCUGGCGCGCGGCCGGCUGCAGCUGCGGCACUUUGACAAGUCCAAACUCACCCCGAAGGGCUUUUUGGUGUUAACGGAGGAUAAAAAUGUGCUUCUGCCGGAUGGAACGCGCGUUGACGACGGCGCCCUGUUCCGCGACGAGUUCCACUUUACAAAGUACACCGAGGCCGACGUGUUUGUUCCGUGCGGUGGCCGUCCCCGCAGCGUCACUCUGGCGAAUGUCUCUCGCUUCCUCAAGGUGCCCGAUGCCGAGGGGGAGGCGAUGCUGGCGGGCCGGUUCCAAGCGCCCGAGGCCCUCAAGUACAAGAUUAUCGUGGAGGGGGCGAACUUGUUCAUCUCCCAGGACGCCCGUCUGGCGCUGGAGCGCUGCGGUGUUGUGCUUUACAAGGACGCCUCGGCGAACAAGGGUGGGGUCACCUCCUCCUCGCUUGAAGUCUACGCCGGACUGGCUCUCUCGGACGAGGAGUACGCCAAAUAUAUGUGCGCCGAAAGCCCCGAGAAGUUACCGGAGUUCUACAAGAACUACGUGAAGGACAUCAUUGCCCGCGUCGAGAGCCAUGCGCUGCGUGAGUUUGACGCCAUCUGGCGGGACCACGAGUCACACCCUGGAAUGCCAAAGACGAUUAUUGCGGAUACUCUUAGCAGCAAAAAUGUAAAGGUGCGUGCCAGUAUUCUUGCCAGUGACGUGUUCAAAAAUCAAAAGCUUGUGCGCUACAUUCUCCUGAAUUACACUCCCAAAACACUGCUUGAUGUGGUGCCACUGGAGGUGUUGAUGCAGCGGGUUCCUGUUGCCUAUCAGCAUGCCAUUUGUGCCAUGUGGCUGGCGUCCGAGUACGUGUACUCCACGGGCAUGGACAGCAACGAGUUUGACUUCUUUUCCUUCAUGAGCGGACACAUUGAGCGCGCGUCGGCCCUGGCUAAACAGCAAGCAAGCUGA